CAUGAAAUAUUUGCUGCGGCUAAGUACAAAAAUCUGAAGAAUAAACACUAUUCUGAAAGUUGGAUGAUUCUUUGUUUAUUAUUUCAAAUACGAUCCCCUUCCGGAUACAAAUUUUUACAUGACCAAAAUAUUGUACCAUUGCCAUGUGUAAACACUAUUCGAAAAAAUUUACUAGCCUUUAAAAGUGAAUGUGGUUUUGAUAACUUAUUUAUUAAGUUGUUAAAGAAAAAGUUUUCUAAUAAAACUCAACAACAAAGAACAGGCAUUUUAUUAUUAGAUGAAAUUUUCCUAAGGACUAGCAUUAACGUAAAAACAAGAAGGUUAACAUACAGUGGGUUAGAAGAUUUUGGAGGCGAAAUAGAAAAAAAAGUUAAUAGUUCAGAGUUAGCGGAUCAUGGAUUAGUUUUUAUGUGGUUAUGUUUAGGAGAUGAUAUAACUCAGCCCAUAGCUGUUUCUGCGUCGAAGGGUCCAGUGAAAGAUAUUGAUUUAGUACAGUUGGUUGUCAAAGCAAUUAUUUUGUUGGAGAAUGCCGGCUUACAAGUUGUUGAGUUGUUGCCUACUUGUGAUGGAGCUUCAACCAAUAAAACUAUGCUAAAAAUAUUAAAUGUAACUGGUAAAAAAUCAGACUUCAAAAACUAUUUCCAAAAUCCCUUUAACGACAAUCGAAAAAUAUAUGUAUUUUCUGAUACACCACAUGCAGUAAAAAAUGUUAGAAAUCGUUUAUUUCAAAACAAGCAAUUAAAAAUACAUCCAUCAAAGUCUAGUAUAAAAUGGGACCAUUACAGUCAAGUGUUGAAAUGUGAUACAAAAACAAUGUUGAAAAUAUGCCCUAAGAUAACAAGGAAACACAUAGAGUUAAACAAUAUGACAAAAAUGAAAGUGAAAUUUGCAACACAGGUUUUAAAACAAAAUCUUCUAUGGUUAGAUGAAUGGGAAAAAAAUCUAGAAGAUGGUCUUAUACAAGAAAAAGAAUUCCUCACUAAAGCUACUUCAGAGUCUCUAAGGCUAACACUAAAGUCAACAAUUGAUUUAGUAUUAUUUUUACUAGAAGAAUGUGGCUUUAGCUAUGUUUUGACCUCAAAAUUAAAUCAAGAUAAUUUAGAAAAAUUUUUUGGUAUAAUACGACAAACAUCAGGGCCAAAUGAUCACCCGACUACACCAACUUUCCUUCAACUUUACAGAUUAUUGUCUAUUUGCUCAUUAGUGAAACCACCAAAAAGUGGUAACUGUACAGUGUACAGUUAUUGA